ACUGGAAUCCGAGCUUGGGUAAGGCGAGGUCUCGCCGGCGAACCUAACCUCAUAUCAUCCCCACCAACUUCCGAAUGUCAUGAGCUCGCUUGGUUAACUCUCUUUCUGGUCGGUGAUGACAAGGAUCACAACUACACUCCACAUAGGCAAACAUCUGGACGUGUAUGGGAGCUUAUAUCCUCCGCGAUCGAUGCUACUUCCCCGAAUAUCUCAUCGGGCCUCUUACUAAAACCUUAUAUACCGAUAUGCAAUCGCUUGGAAACAACGUCUCAAACAACCUGCGGGAUCUUAUCGAAAAGGUAAUGGACUUCCUCAGCGAGCCCGGAACAGUAACCUGGAAGAAUCUGAAUAUUUUACCUGGCCAGUCCGGUGAAAAUAGUGAUCACGAUGUCUCCGGUGGAAUUAUUCCGAUCAGCCUAAUAUGGAGCUUUAACGUUGUGUCUGGUCGGUUUAUGCCCGAUAGCUUAACAGAUGUAUUGACAAAACAGCUUCGAUUCCAUCUCACAAGCCGCGCCAAAACCAGACGAGAUUUAAUCAGUCCUGAUACGCCACCGCAUUGGAUACUAGCGGAUGCUGAGUAUCUUGAGGCUGUUCUGUCAAUAUGCCUAUUUUCCAUGCUAUCUCCAAAUCCCGAUGUAUGGCAGAACAGAUCUUCGCAUAUCCCGUGGCGUGUCAUAGGUCAUAGCACAGCUACAUCAGCUGAGGAAAAGAUUGGCCAAUUUAAGAAAUGGCUCAUACAUCCUGCUGUACAGGCUGAACUCAGUAUCUUGAAAAGGCGAGAUGAGUACCCCAAUAACACCUACCGAUAUGGCUGGAGACCUCGUGGACAUUCCCUCUGCCUUGGAAUGUUCUUAUCUUCAUUAUCAAAGCAAGAAAAGAAUCCUUCCUCCACCGAAUUGCAUACUCCAGAAAAUAUAGUUGAGCUUGUUGUUCGUGGUAAUUAUAGGACAAACUUGCCAGUGAUGUGGGCGCAGGAGAUCUUUUCGAUAUUCAUGCUUGCUAUAGCUUCUCAAGUGAAGGAGGUUCUGGGGCCGACCGAGACGUUAUCUAAAACCGCAAGUGAAGGAGUCUAUGAGAUCGCCUGCUUGAGGCGAAUUUCUACUCUGGUGAUGGAAAGUGGCUUGGCAAACUCUGUUGAAGAGGCAAACUUGUUGAUUAUACCAGCUUUCUUGCAUCACGGCCUUAUUUAACAUGCUGGGCGACUGAUCACUUACAAAGGGGUUGGUUUAUGGAUAUCCCAGACUGUUGCUUUUAGAGCCUACGAGCUACAAACUAUU